UAGGUAAAUCAUAUAUAAGAGUAAGGAAGUUUAUGUUUUUAUAAUCUCUGUAUAUUUGCAUCAAAACAGACGUUAAGAUGUCACGUUAUUUCCUAGUAUUUGUCGCACUUAUUGUCGUCGUGGCAGUAAGCGCUCCUGGUACUGACGCUCAAGUCAAGUCAGGCAGCUGCCCGCCAGUGGAUCCUGACGCGUAUGGCCCAUGCGUGGAGGCGUGUUCUGGCGAUGGCAGCUGUCCAGGGAACCAGAAGUGCUGCAGUAACGGAUGCGGACACACCUGCAGUCCUCCUAUAAAGAUUAUACCUCUCUAAUUUAUCCUUACCAGUAUACAUGGCGAUAUUAUGUUUUAUUCCAUUUUUAAAAUAUAUAUUGCUUUUAUAAU